GGUAUUUCUAUCGUUAUCGGUGCAUUGGUGACCGGCAUAAAUUGGGCUUUACGGUUUACGUUUUGUUUAAUAAACAAAUAAAGAAAGCUUCGGCAUCUUAAAGCGAAUUUGAAAAUUGACAGUAAAUUCAAACAGCUGGCUUCUUCAUCAUAGAAAGCGUCUCCACUGCAACUGAGAUUCGUUGAAGAAGAAGCAUGGACAAACGGGUCACAAUCCUUCUACCCAAUGGACGGCGUCAGAAUGUCAACGUUAAGCCUGAUAUGACGCUGCUGGAGAUCCUAGAGACUGCUAGCACCAAACAUGGCUUCGACAGCGAGCAACAUUGCCUCAAGUUCCACAACAAAGAUGUGAGUUUGACGCAACAGUUUCGCUUUAGCGGGCUGCCCAACAACUGUGUGCUUGAAAUGGAACCCACAGAGAAACGACGCACGCUGAGCAACGUCGUGGUAUGCAUUCAACUGGCAGAUGGCAGCCGUGAACAAGGAGAAUUCUCGCCCAGCGCCACCGUGUGGCAUGUGGUGCAGGAAUUGUGCCUAACACUGGCAGAUAGCUAUGAGAGUCCUGUGAUUAUUUAUAUGCGCAGCGAGGUGAUUGGUGUGGAGCAGAUGCAAAAAACGACAUUGAAAUCGCUGGGGAUACUCGAGGGUCGUGCCAUGAUGAGGCUGAUUAAUAAGAAGCCAGAGGAUUUGAAGCGUCAGGCAAAUGUCUACAAACCAGCUGAGGUGAAGAGCAAACCCAAGGAUGAUGAUGACCAGCCGAGCACCUCGCGAUCGGCCAUGGGCGGCUCUUCUGGCGGUGGUCGCGGUGGGUUUGCGCUCACCAGCGAUAUGGUCAAAUCACUGAAGCGCACAGCUCCCGAAGAGACCGCUGGCAAGGCAGUGGAAGAGAAUGCAGAUGCUGCUGCAGUUCCCAAAGAUGAACCCGUCAAAGCUAAAUACGAUUGGGGCAGCGGAUCCGGUUAUUCAUUGCAUCAUCGCAAUCGGCAGCAGGAAUACGAGGAUGCCGAUACCGAAGAGUUGCCAGGCAAAGCGCCUCCAGUGGUUAAUGUAAUUGGUCCAAGAAACGCGGUGCUUUUCUCACUGGAUGCUGCUAAUAAGAAUAACGAUGACUUGCCCGAUUCCUUUUUCGAUCUGACUGUCAAUGAUCUAAAAAUGGUGCUCCGUGAUUUAAAGCGCACAGCCUCGGGCAACGAGGAUGCACCACUGCUCACAUCAAAUCUGCGAGAAUUGGAGCGUCAGAAAGCGAUGCUGGCGAAGCUCAAUCAAUAUAAGGAUUGCGUGAUACGUAUACAGUUCCCCAAUCGUUAUGUACUUCAAGGCAUUUUUAAGCCACACGAACCUCUCUCCCGUGUGGAGGACUUUGUGCGUGAAUUUCUGACGAAUCCCAGCGAACAAUUCCAUUUGUUUACCAUACCGCCGAAGAAGGUGUUGCCAUCGAGUGAGACGCUGCUGGAGCUGAAUUGUGUGCCCAAUGCCAUGCUGCAUUUUACAUUCGUUGAGGAGAAGCUAAAUGGCAUUUCCGAAGGUUGCCUGCAGGCCAAAUACAUGGAUCAACUGACGUCGGAGGAGGGAGCACUAUUUGCCGUGCAAAAGUAUCGUCUCACCAAAGCCAGCGUCAGCUCAACUAGUUAAUAAUAAUGAUUGUUAUCGAAUGUACUACUAAUUGGGCUAAAAGGGCUUUAAGCGAACAGUUUGUAUGUGAUUUUCAAAGAAAGAAAAUUUUCGCUUUAUUUAUAAA